GUGCAAGCUAGGUAUUAAGUUAACGUUAACUUUGCGAAGUUAAGAGAGCAACGAAAACGUUAUCAUACUCAAGCUAACAGUUUUAUCUUUUUGAUGUUUUAAAACGAGAUAUCAUGUGGCUUUAUGAUAGCGGAGAAGAAAACGUAUUUUUUUCUGAAUACACAAGGAAUUCCGAGCAAUUUCCAGGUUACAGUAAUUUAAGUUUCAGUGUUCAAUUAACUUAACGUUAACGUUAGUCAGACAAGUCGUGAACAUUUAACUAGCAACCUGAUCAAACUACCUGCUGUUUGCAUUUGCUUAGCAAAUGCUAAGUCUAUCCAGGUAUAAAAGGAGGGUAGAUGAUUGAUAAACAUGUUGACAGGAUGUUCAGGAAAACUGCCUGGAGGACCAUGGUCAGUGAUGCAGUGAGUUUCCACCAAGACCAAGCCCUCAACACAACUAUAUUUCUCCUGAAAUCCUUCGGCCCAACAGCAUUUCUGCUCAGAGAGGACCGGGGGGGCAGGAACUUCAAGGUGUGCUUGGGUGACCCAAAUUCAUGCACUUGCCUGGAGUUCACCAAGGAGCAGGAGCCAUGCAAACACAUGUGCUGGUUUUACUGCGGAAAUUCAGACUGCCCAGAGAACAUGAAUAUUCAUUUCAGCAUGGACUUGUGGAGAGACAGAUCUUGGAGGUGCUCCAUGGUUUACAUCAAACCAAAGCCCACCGGACGGAAAAUUAUCCUUCUGCUGCUUCUAGGACCCCGAGCCAACCAGUCAUGGACCAGGAGGCUGGAAGUGUCUGCCGGAAAGUGAUCCAAGCCCAGGAUGUGUGUCCUAUCUGUCAAGAAGAGCUGCUGGAGAAAAAACAGCCUGUGUCUUACUGCAGGUUCGGUUGUGGCAAUAAUGUCCACAUCUCUUGCAUGAAGGUGUGGGUGGAUCACCAGAGACUGUCGGACAGGGAAGAAACAGUGAAGUGCAGGGAGGACUUCAGCUCAUUGAAGUUACUCCAGGAGCAGGUGAAUAAUGCAGCAAAGCUCUUCACUGCCGCUGAAAGAGAGAGGCCAGACAGACACCUGGGAGUUCUCUGUCAGAGCUGCCGGGUCUGCCCCGUCACUGGCAAAUGUUUCAAAUGCACGGUCUGCAGUGACUUCUAUUUAUGUGAGGACUGCUCAAAGAAGGGCUGCCACCCACAUCAUCCGUUUGCUUCACGAACAAAAAGGAGAGAAAAGUGGCACCUUGUGGCAGAGGAGCACAGUGAUGAACCAAAGGGAGCGACCUCUCAGCCAGAAAAUGACAGCAUCAUCCCUUUAGCUGUAGUCCCUCUACCAGAACACGUGUUGGGGUGUCUGCCUAUUUUCAGGGUGAGAUCGGGAUCUUGGCUCUUGGAUGAGGGUCAGCAGUGUCGGAUCUGUCUGCAGGAUUUUAGCCUGGGUCAGCGCAUCCGAUCUCUACCCUGCCAUCACAAGUUCCACACAGACUGUGUGGAUGGGAUCCUGCGGAAGUCGAGCUCCUGCCCCUUGGAUGGAUAUGUCUUGACUUGGAGAACCACUGAGAGGAGGACCUCCCCUAAGCUUGCCUCCUGCCUUUUCAGUGACCGUGCCAAACGACCAGAAAACAACUUAAAGGACCUGUUUGUUCCUGGUGUGGGAGUCUGGUACAGGAACACUAAAGUCACUCCCUCAAAUGGUUCUCUUAACUAACAGGCUCUUCGGUAACUUUAAACACAAACCCACAAGAGUUAAUAACUGACAGGAUACAAGGCUUGUGCAUAGCUACAGCAGACACUGUGAUGAAGGUAGGAAAAAGAGAGUUACAGAGAAAACAAUCUCUUCCUAUUUCUGGAAGCAACUCCUCUAUUGAUUACCGAAGUAAAUCUAACUCACGUGCACAUUCCUCAAAAAAGACAGCGAGAAAACACAGCCCUGCUUCACCUGAUAGUUGUGCUGCAGUGACAAAAAUCAGAGAGCAACAGCCACUGAACCUUUUUGUAGGUUUGUGGAGACCAGAGUCAGACCACACAGCUGCAGUGGCUUUUCCUGCCAGGCGAACUAGACUGCAACCCAAAAGGACAGGCGUGGUUAUUAAAUAUCCAAACAACCCACUCAUUUCAGAGCUAAGAAUGACUGGGAUCUUCAUUAACACUCAGAAUCAGAGGAAGACAAAGAGUUAAAAUAGUUUUUAAAAUGUGUGAUCUUAGGUAGGUUGAAUGUUUAAGGUUUCAGUUGUGUAUCUGCACUUAUUUUGCUUUUAAAUGUUUAUAAAAUGGAAUAAAUCAAUAAGUAUGUAAAUC